AUGCCAACUUGCUCACAAGCUGAACACAUCAAAUUUCCAAACUUGUUUCUGGAAGAUGAAUUCUUAGGCCCAAUUCUUGAGAUCCAUCUCAAAUCCAGAAAUUCAAUUUGUUUCUGUUGUUUUGGGCUGAAUAGAGAAUAUAUGCAAGUAGGGACAAAAUUUUAGCAUAGAAAUACAAAAAAGUUAAUCGAUCAGAGAGAUUGAUCUAUAUGUAGUAGAAAAUUUUGGACAUGAUGGCUUCUGCCGCUGGUGCUGGUUCUUCAAGCUUGGAUCGCCUUGAUUCUGCACUGAGAGGCAUAAAAUAUCCCUCGGAGAUCCUGUCAAAACUCAAAGAUGAUUGGAGAUUUUUGGGAAAAAUUUGGAAAUCCACUCAUAAGGGGAGUGGUCAUGCUGCCACAGAUGAGAAGAAUUUGGCCUUCUACCCCAAGAUCGAAGCUACAGCUGAGGAGAUUGCCCAGAAACUUAUUCAUUUCCAUGAAGAAAUGAUGGUGAAUGAUGACCAGGUAAAAGAUGAAGAAUUCCUAAACGAACUGGCCCUUGAUUGUGCAACAAAAACCAAGCUCUUGAUUGUUGAAGUUGAAGAAGCUCUCGACCAUUUGUACUUGAUGUGGUCACGAGGGAUCAGCAGCACCAGCUCAUUCGGAUUGAUGAAGGCGAAAGCUCUUGAUGUCUCCUUUUGCAAUGAUUUAUUUGCAUAUGUACUAUCAACUAUGUCCGCAGUCGAGAAUAUGGCAGUGUAUCUUGUAUGGGACCAUUUCAGUUCGUUGUAUGGUAGUAUAUAUUGGACCCGAUGGUACCUUGUUUCAAUGGUACAACAUAUUCUUCAUCGUCACCGUGCUAGGAAUCCACAGGGACUGCAGAGUUUUGAUCCUUGCGUUGGCUCUCGUGGACUGCCUAGUUUUGAUGCUUGCGUUGGCCAUGUUUUGUCCGUGGCCCUACGAAUCGCAAACCGGUGUCGUGAUUACUGGUUAAAUUACAAGACAGGCCGAAUCCAAGUGAUGAGAAGAGGGCUGAUUGAGUUCCUAGUGGAUUUGCACAGUGAAAUUCAUCCAAGCAAUCCCAAGUUCAUGGGUUUCCAUCUCAACUUCCUUAUGGCUCUCUGCUGUGCUGAGGUGGUUGCGAUUAAGGAUUUGCUGGGGAGCUUUUGCUUGUGUGUCUUCUCUGGUAAAGAUGGAUAUUUUCGAGAUGAGGUGUUUUUCCUAUUAAAACUUUUUCUCUACACCACUUCUGUACUAGAUGAUGAGGACACAGCUCAAAGUUUCAUUCCAGAAACUCAGGCUGUGCUAGUAGAGAUCACAUCUCUAUUCGAGUCAACUGGUCGAAAGGGGCAUGAACUAGCCAACUCACCUCGGUUUUCUGAGUUACUUACGAAGAUUUGUCUUCUCGAGGCAGAGCUUUUCCUCGUGGCGCAAAUCCAUAGCAUGAAAAGCAAUACAAACGCUUCUUCCCUUUCCUCCAUCAUGUUUCCCGAUUUUAAAGAUAUCAUGGACCACUGUAGACAAAUCCCCAGUAGACUGCGCAGAUAUUCUGAGAAGUUGCCCCCAGAAACAAGAUUAGAUAGGAAAAAGUUGUUGGCACUGAUUGAAUCAACAUUCAAGGAGGAAAAAUCUCUUCAUGAGUCAUCUAGGCAGAAGGGAAUCACAGCAUCUGUGGUGAAAAACUCGCUUCUGCUACUUCGUUUGAAGAUUGUGAUUUUCAAGGGAGGGUCUUUUCUGAAGGAGCUAUUACUUCUAAAGAGCAGGAAUGAUAAAAGGCUUAUGGCUCAUGAGAAAGAUCAAACUAAACUUUUCGUUCAGAAGCUCGAGUGUAUCGCACUAAUUCUCUCAGAUGAAAGAAUUAAGGACAGAGAGGACGUAUUAGGAGCAAUUGGAGAAUCUUUUCAGAGGCUGACAUAUUUCUCUUACUAUUUCCUCAACACACAAGAUGAAAUGACCAACCUUUCAUUUUCUGAGCUGUUAGAUAAGGAGACACAUUUGAUCAAGGCAAAGCUCAUGGAUCUUAUUCCUAAAUUUCCGGAGUUUAAUUUCCCAAAAACUUCCAAACUGAAGUUCCUUGAUUUUCUCGGGAGGAACCUCAGGGAGCUGCUAAAAUAUAAUUCUGCAUCAACAGCAUUGGCGAAGCUCCACACGGAAGAGAUUCAAAUACUCCUCCAGAAUGUUUCACAGUUGGACAUUGAGGAGCAUCCAAAGAUAGAAAAUCUCGUUGACCGAUUCACUGAUUUGGCAUAUAAGGCGGAGUACAUAAUUGAUUCAAUUGAGGUUGAUGCUCAAUGGCAGCAUUUCUUCUGGUUGGACAAUGUGCUGGAUGAGUUAAGAUUUCUUAGCGAGAAGGCUAGAGGAAUUCAUUUGACAACCCCUGAUACGGAAGUCCAAGAUUCCAAGAAUGUCACCCAGGUUUCAGUUGACAAGUUAUCAACCAAAAAUACACCAGCAAUUGACGAAAUUGUGGUGGAUCUCAGUAACAGAGAAAAUGAAAUUCUCAACCAGUUGACUAGAGGAUCCUCAAAGCUGGAUAUUGUUUUUAUUGCUGGAAUGCCUGGUUUAGGCAAGACAACGUUGGCGAGGAAGGUGUACAGCAGUCUUAAACUCACGCGUCACUUCCAUCUUCGUGCAUGGUGCUCUGUUUCCCAAGAAUAUGAUAAAAGGAGAUUGUUGCUCGAAAUUCUAACAGGGAUUCAUGUGCUUACAGAAGAGAUUCGCCAAAUGAGGGAUGAAGAUCUCCAAGAUAAAUUGCGAAAGUUGUUACUGAAAAACAAGUAUCUCGUAGUUAUGGAUGACGUAUGGGGUAUUGGAGCUUGGAAUGACUUGAAAAGCCCAUUCCCAGAUGAUGCAAAUGGAAGUCGAAUUCUGUUCACCAGUCGCCUCCACAGAGUGGCCUCGGAAAUUAAACCAGACAGUCCUCCUCUUUCUCUUAGCCUUUUUUCUCAGGAGGAAAGUUGGCAGCUGUUAGAAAAGAAGGUAUUCAAGGAAGAAUGUUGCCCCAAUGAGCUGCUGCGAGUCGGAAAGGACAUUGCUUACCACUGUCAAGGAUUGCCUCUUGCUGUUGUUGCGGUUGCUGGUAUACUGAAAAUGACAGAAAAAAGCCAAAAUUCGUGGAAAACAAUCGCAGAUAACUUGAGCUCACAAAUAAUUGAUAAUCCCGAAGCACAGUGCAAAGAAGUCUUAGAUCUCAGCUACAAACAUUUGCCGGAGUAUCUUAAAUCAUGCUUUCUAUAUUUGGGAGUUCUUAAUGAAGACAGAGAUAUUCUUGUCAGCAAGUUGAUACGGCUUUGGAUCGCAGAAGGUUUCAUACCAGAAACUAAUAAGGGCUUUGAAGAUGUGGCCGAGGCUUUCUUGAUGGAUCUAAUUGACAGAAGCUUGGUGAUAAUCUGCAGAAGAAGAUCCAAUGGCAAAGUUAGAGCAUGUCGCCUCCAUGAUCUUGUUCUUGAUUUCUGUAAAUCUAAAACCAAGAAUGAGAACUUCUUUCAGCUGGUAACCAGGUCUGAUAAUCCAUAUGCUUCUUUUCCUAGUACAGAUUAUGGUUUCGAAUUUGAUUUUUACCGUCAUUCAUCUCCUACAUCGUUUGCUUCCUAUCGGUUGGCUUUAUCUUUGAAGCGAAACCACUUUGUUGAAUCAAAACCUUCUGGCUUGGCCACCCGUUCUCUGGUGUUCUCUGCAUCUACUGAUUCAGAACCCAAACGCACUUAUGACAUUUCAUUCAUUUGGCACAACUUCAAAUUGCUUAGAGUCUUGGAUUUUGAAUGCUUCAAUUUGGGUAUUUCAUUUCCCCUGGAAAUUGGAAUUCUGGUCCAAUUGAGAUAUUUAGCAGUUGGAGGCUUUUUGAAAUCCAUUCCACAAUCGAUAGCCAACCUCAGGAAGCUGAAAACUCUUAUUGUGAAGGGAUUAAGCGAUGAUGAAAAGCUUGGCGAUAGCUGUGUAUUAGAAAAUUUGGUCAACUUUUCCUGCCCAUCUCUUUCUUGUGGUGAGGAUGCAGAAAGGAUAAUAAGGAGGCUUCCAAACCUUCGCAAAUUGAGUUGCAUAUUCUAUGAAUCACCAGAUUCUUCCACGAACUGCAAUCAGUUUCCGAGAUUGAAAUGUCUAACUCACUUGGAGUCACUCAGGAUAUUCUACUAUGGAAGCCCUCUUAACAAUGGCGAGUUCAACCUCCCUUUGAAUCUAAAGAAAUUGACUUUAUGGAACUUUCGCCUUCCAUGGUGUCAUAUCUCCACAAUUGGGAGACUACCAAACCUGGAAGUUCUCAAGUUACUUUCUGGUGCAUUUGAGGGGAAAAUAUGGGACGUGGAGAAAGAGUUUCAGAAUCUCAAGUUCCUGAGCUUUGACAGUCUGAACAUUGCUCAAUGGAAUGCCUCUUGUGGCGAUUUCUCCAAGCUUGAAAGACUCGUUGUACAAAAUUGCAAAGACCUUGAAGAAAUUCCAGAGGAUUUUGCAAACAUAUACACAUUGGAGAUGAUUGAAGUGCAUUGGUGUGGUGAAUCUGUGGAAAAAUCAGCAAUUAAGAUUGGAGAAGAAACUGGAGAUAUCAAAGUCCUCAUUAGGAGUUCAAAUUGGAGUUCAUGAGCACGAUUUGGACCACUUAUUCUUCCAUAUUUAAUGAAUUUCCAGCUACUUAUACACUCGCUUGCAUUUCUAUUUGCUUGAUGACAUAUAGCUGGUUGAAAACUACUUUUGCUGCUGUAUCAUAAAUUGCAAAGUUCUGUAAUAUCUUGAAAGGGGAAUUUGCUGUCCUCUUGAAACUCAUUGGGCGUUGUUGUCUUGAUUCUAGUACUAACUAAAAAUUUAAACUUGUUAGUGCUGUUAAUUGAUAAUUUUGCAACAGGCCACUUGUAGUUCCUAAAUCUAGGAUUUUGAUUUGGUAAAUCAUGCUUGAAUCUUGAUCCAGAGAACUUUUUCAUUGCCUUAGAUAUUUCGGGGAAUUGGUGCUCAAAGGAACGGAGGUUGAGGUUUAUAACUUGAAGACUCAGCUGGAACUUUAAAGGUUCUCGUUCCCCACAAGCAAGAUGUUGCAAUCUGACUGUGAUUGCUAAGUAACAUUUUGUCAUUGCCUGUGGUUAUUAAGCUCUGCCUAUUUGUUAUGUAAUAGAAUGAGUUGUUUUAUGCUGCAUCCAUAAGGAACUGAUGCAGCUGGGAGCUACUAGAUGUGUUAUCGAUGCUUGUUUGAUGAAAUUGA